AGCUACACAGACUACCUGGGGGCUGGUUUGGGCAUGAGUGUAGAGGACGGGGGUACGCCAGGCCUGGGCCGUCCCAGGCAGGCCCGCUGGACCCUGAUGCUACUCCUGUCCACUGCCAUGUAUGGCGCCCAUGCCCCAUUGCUGGCACUGUGCCAUGUGAACGGCAGAGUGCCCUUCCGGCCCUCCUCGGCCGUGCUGCUGACUGAGCUGACCAAGCUACUGCUGUGCGCCUUCUCCCUCUUGGUGGGCUGGCAAGCAUGGCCCCAGGGGGCCCCACCAUGGCGCCAGGCUGCCCCCUUUGCACUAUCAGCCCUACUGUAUGGAGCUAACAACAACCUGGUGAUCUAUCUUCAACGUUACAUGGACCCCAGCACCUACCAGGUGCUGAGCAAUCUCAAGAUUGGAAGCACGGCCCUGUUCUACUGCCUGUGUCUCCGGCACCGCCUCUCUGCACGCCAGGGCUUAGCACUGCUGCUGCUGAUGGCAGCGGGGGCCUGCUAUGCAGCUGGUGGCCUCCAGGACCCUGGGAACACCCUUCCUGGACCCCCUUCAGCAGCUGCUGCUGGCCCUAUGCCCCUGCAUAUCACUCCACUGGGACUGCUGCUUCUCAUCUUGUACUGCCUCAUCUCGGGCCUGUCGUCUGUGUACACAGAACUGCUUAUGAAGCGACAGAGGCUGCCCCUAGCACUUCAGAACUUCUUCCUCUACACUUUUGGUGUGCUCCUGAAUCUAGGUCUACAUGCAGGUGGUGGCCCUGGCCCGGGCCUCCUGGAGGGUUUCUCCGGAUGGGCAGCGCUUGUGGUGCUGAGCCAGGCACUAAAUGGACUGCUCAUGUCAGCCGUCAUGAAGCAUGGCAGCAGCAUCACACGCCUGUUUGUUGUGUCCUGCUCACUGGUGGUCAAUGCUGUGCUCUCGGCAGCCCUGCUGCGGCUACAGCUCACUGCUGCCUUCUUCCUGGCCACGUUGCUCAUUGGUCUGGCUGUGCGCCUAUAUUAUGGCAGCUGCUAGCCCCUGACCACCUCCACCCAGACUCCUGACCCUGUAGAUUGGGUACGAUCAUGAGAGCCACCUCCCAGGCCUCCGGACCCUUCCUCAGCAGCCAGCCCUGUAACAAGUGCCUUGUGACAAAAGGGGGUGGUGAGAACAGCCAGGUUAGUCUCUGGAGGUGGGUGAAUGAAGGGUUACCCCAGGAGACUUAAAGACUGGGUUUGAUUAAAGAAACUUAACUUCCCAGAAGUCCAUCCACACUCUAAGGAAUUGGGGAAGCAUCAAUACCUAGGCCUUAGAAAUGACCUCACCCCGAAUGGAGGAGGCUCCCUGCCUCAUCCUGCAUGAAUGCAGUUGUUUCAAGUGGGGUAUGGGCACCAGUUGGCUUUCCUUGCCUCCUGUGGUCACCCCAGCAGACCCAUUGCGUCCAGGCCUGGUGCGGGCUACUCCAGCCCAGCUUUGGUACAUGACUCCCCCCCGUUAGAGACAUUCACCCCUCACUGUAAUGCAGGAAAGCCCGAUUGCCACAGCUUUUAUACCGAUCGCCCAGGCCACUCUUCUAAAGCUCCCCCAGCUCCAGCAACACCUGGAGACAGUGCUCCAUGCUCCUUCCACCAUGCUGCUCUCCACACCCACCCAGCCUUUGUUCUGGAAACCCCAGAGAGGACUGGAGCUUGACUCAUCUCAGGGAAUGUUGCCCCUGGGCCCUGGCUUAAGGCUACACUCCUGACCUCUCUGCUCACUCCAAGGCCCCUCUCCAAGCCCACUGCCCCCUCUACAGCUCCUAGGAGGUACCAUUCUUCUCACUCUGGGUCCUGCCCCUGCCUAGCAGUGUCCCAGCUCUUUACAGUUUAGGGAAGCUCUACCCAGAAUGACCUGGAACCAGGCACAGGGAAAUUUGGUGUAGCUCAAUCAGUGUCUCUAUGUAAGCAAUAAAGUCUUAAUAAAGUGUUCUGGGGUGCAGGUGGUUCCUGCAAUUGGC